CAAUAGAAAACUACGGGCCACUUGAUGGUAAUAAGUCUACGGUGUGUGAAGAAGUGGUUUUAGUUUAGCGAUAAACCUCGAAGAAGGAGGAUGGUGAUUUUACAGAUUUAUUUUUGGUCUACGUCAAAAAACCAAAGAAGUUUUUAUUUAAAUAAAUAAUUUAUUAUUUUUAAAUAUAAGUAAAUAAUAAAUGUAUUGAUAUAUUUAUAUAUAUUUAUAUAUUUGUUUUGACGUUUAGUGUGACAGCAAGGUUGUAUAAAUAGCACGUGGUAUUUGUAAUUGAAAUAAUUGUGUUAUUAAAAUUUGAAUUUAUAAAAUUUAAAUAGCCCGCGUAAAUGGUAACUGCGUGUUGGCAAGACUGUCGGAAAAUUCGGAAAGUGAACAGGUGUUUUUUGAAUGGAUUUACACACGGAUAAUAACACUAAUACAUUUACUAAAAUCCAAUACUCGAGUCGUCUAUAUGCAUCAGCUUAAACACAAAUACAGACAAAGACACCGAGCUGAGUACUGAGUGUUGAGAAAAAAAAUACGAGUUGGUUUAAAUUGUUUAGUUUUAUUAAUUAUAACCAGCAAAGACUGUCGUUUUAUUUAAACACUACCCGCAUCAUGAGAGUUAUAAUUAUGGAGUUAUUGUCAGUUAACUGAAUAAAUAGUUUACAAUAACAGAUUCGUGAUGAACCGGUGGGCAAGUGAAAGCAGUAAGGUCGUGUUAUGAGGACAAGAAGGAAGAGAAAGAAGAGGUGGUAAUAAAGCCCUGGUCAUCGUCAUUGUCAAGGACGUUGGGAAAAAAAAAAUCAAUAUAGUGAUUAAUUAUAAAAAAUGCCUCAUCAAUUCGGUCUACCAGCAAUGGCACAUGGUAUGCAAUCGCCACCCUCGCCGACAGCUGUUAUGUCGGCGUACCCACGUUACAGCUCAACAGUUUACCGUGCAGAUCAUCAAGAUCAGCGGCUAACACGCGAGGCCAUGGAACGUUAUCUCCGUGAUCGCAGUGACAUGGUCAUCGUUAUUCUCCAUGCCAAAGUUGCUCAAAAAUCAUACGGUAACGAGAAACGUUUUUUCUGUCCGCCACCUUGUAUAUAUCUCUUUGGAGAUGGCUGGAGAAUGCGCCAGGAACAAAUGCUCAGAGAGGGUGAGAGUGAACAGUCGGCUCAACUUUGCGCUUUCAUUGGAAUUGGUAAUUCUGAUCAGGACAUGCAGCAACUGGAUCUCAAUAAUGGCAAGCAGUAUUGCGCUGCUAAAACACUUUACAUAUCAGACUCGGACAAGAGGAAGCAUUUUAUGCUGUCGGUUAAAAUGUUCUACGGCAGUGGACACGACAUUGGUGUUUUCCACAGUAAAAGAAUAAAAGUUAUUUCGAAACCGUCGAAGAAAAAACAGUCAUUAAAAAAUGCUGAUCUGUGUAUUGCGAGUGGUACCAAGGUUGCGCUGUUUAAUCGACUACGCUCGCAAACUGUCAGCACCCGUUAUCUACACGUGGAAAAUGGUAAUUUUCACGCAAGCUCAACUCAGUGGGGUGCGUUUACGAUCCAUUUGCUGGAUGACAAUGAGAGCGAGUCUGAGGAGUUUCAAGUUCGUGAUGGAUACGUCCAUUAUGGGAGUACUGUUAAGCUCGUCUGCUCGGUUACGGGCAUGGCAUUACCACGUCUAGUUAUUAGGAAGGUAGAUAAACAAAUGGCGAGUCUCGAGGCUGAUGAUCCGGUAUCGCAACUCCACAAAUGCGCGUUUUACAUGAAAGAUACCGAUCAUAUGUACUUGUGUCUAUCUCAGGAACGUAUCAUUCAGUUCCAAGCUACGCCUUGCCCUAAAGAAGCUAAUAAAGAAAUGAUAAAUGACGGCGCGUGUUGGACGAUUAUCAGCACUGAUAAAGCUGAGUAUCAAUUUUUUGAAGGAAUGGGUCCUGUACGGUCACCAGUAACUCCGGUCCCACUUGUCCACAGUCUUCAUUUAAAUGGUGGCGGGGAUGUUGCAAUGCUUGAGCUGAAAGGUGAUAAUUUUACGCCAAAUUUACAGGUUUGGUUUGGCGACGUUGAGGCUGAGACAAUGUACAGGUGCCAGGAAAUAAUGCUGUGCGUUGUACCUGACAUUUCUCUAUUUCGCGGCGAGUGGCUGUGGGUACGGCAGCCCACACAAGUACCCGUUUCUCUUGUCCGCAAUGACGGAAUUAUUUAUGCCACUGGUUUGACCUUCACGUAUACGCCGGAACCUGGACCAAGGCCGCACUGUCCACCGGCUGAUGAAAUAAUGAGAGCGCCUAGAGCGAUGCCGCAUCAUAAUCAAGCGAGCAUGCCACCAGCUAUUGCUGACGUACCCUGGAAUUCGCACCAUCCACCAACUCAACCAGGUCUUUGAUACUCCGAUCCAAAUUAUAAUUACGGGGACAAUCAAUCCGAAUCCAUAUCAAACUUAUCCGUCGAGGAGUACAACACAGAAGUAAACAAUCAUAAUCAUAAUCAUAAUAAUUCUUGCCUUGAUGAACAACGAACUGCUGAUGUCGAAUUUCAGGAUCAACAACAGUGUAAUUAUCGCGAACGAUCGCGUUGAGCUUAAAAUUUAUAAUUUAUUUAAUCUAGUGAUAAAUGUGAACAAUUAUAAUAUAAAUUUAAUAAAUAUGUGUGUAAUAAUUUAUGAUAGUAUGAGUAAAAAUACUAUAGUCGAACAAAAAUAUUAAAAGAUAUUAUUGAUUGUGUGUAUAAAGAACUUGUGGAUUUUUUAUAUAAUUUUAAAUUUUAAAUGUGUAAAAUAACAGUGAACUUUUUUUUUAUGAAAACAUCACUUUCAGGUACACAGAAAAAAAAGAUUUCUUGAUUCAAAAAAUUUUUA